AUGGAGCCAUCCGCACAACAGCUCCAGCUGGCAGCAGCAACCCAGGCCAGUUUAUCUGACUUCUGCCAAGGCUCUGAAAUGCCAACUAUGUCAAGGCCUGCGCUUGAUGUCCAGGGUGGCGCCUCACCUGCAAAGGAGGAUGCCAACCCUGAGAUGAGCUCGCUGGCCUACUCUGAGCUGGGAGUGAAGGAUCGCAAAGCAGUGGCCAUUCUGCACUACCCCGGGGGGACCUCCAAUGGCACCAAGGCCAGUGGGGCUUCUGCUGGUUCUUCUGGGUCUCCGCCUCCAGCAGGCUCUCCUGCUGCUGCCCCACCCACUAAGCCCCCACCCUUUAAUGUGCACCCUGCCCCUCACCUGCUGGCCAGUAUGCAGCUGCAGAAACUUAAUAGCCAGUAUCAUGGGGUGGCUGCCACCACCCCGAGCCAGUCUGGAGAGGCAGGGGCCCUGCAAAACUGGGGCUGUGAGGCUCAGGUGGGAGGAGCAGAGUCACUCCCCGCUCCUGCUGCUGGGGCCCAGAAUCCUGCAAUCAUUGAUUCUGACCCGGUGGAUGAGGAGGUGCUGAUGUCGCUGGUGGUGGAACUGGGACUGGACCGGGCCAAUGAGCUUCCGGAGCUGUGGCUGGGGCAGAAUGAGUUUGACUUCACUGCGGACUUUCCGACUGGUUGCUGAUGCCAAGUGCCCCCUAAUGAUGGAGGAAUAAAGCCACCGAUUCUGUUGUAAAUAAAAAUAAAAGUUACUUGCAAAGA